AUGUCACGUGAUAUCGUCUUGAGCUACGAGUCGCAUGAUCUCAUGGCGUUGCCACACGUUGAGGCGCGACAGUUGGAAAUGUUUUUACCGAAAGUUAACGAGCACAACAGGUUGGAAUUGGAUCUUCUAGAUGCACACUUGUUUGCAUUUCCUGAAGAAAUAUGUGAGACGAGCGGACUGGAGGUAUUGAAACUUUGUACAGACCACAUACACUCUAUACCCGAAGGCAUUGCCAAACUGAGGAAACUAGAAGAAAUUCAUUUGCAUACAAGUGAUUACCACAAUUCCAGAACUUCCCCAACUUCCUACUUCUCACGGCGGCUUGCAGCCAUUGGUGUCCAGGAGGUCCCAACUGUUGUUUCUCUUCUUCCAUGUCUCAAGGUUUUGUCUGUGUGUGGUAACCGUGGCAAUCCAUUGCUGUUUGAUGAGCUAAUGUCAUGUCAACUGCCCAGUACUCUUGUGGAAGUGGAAAUGGUGGCAUGUGGUUUGACACAAGCAACUUUGUCUAUGAUCUGCAACAAUGUGAAACUGUGCAAAGUGAAUUUAGCACGCAACUAUCUGCAGUCUUUCAAAUAUUGCAACACAGAGAUGAUAAGAGAGGCAACAGUCUUGAAUGAUCUAGAAGAGCUGAAUUUGUCACAGAACAGAAAUCUUGCGACAUUCUCAUGUACAGUUUCAUGUUUGCAGUGGAAACAUUUACGAACAUUGAAUUUAUCUGGUAACGAGAGAUUGUUGUGUCUUCCCAACAAUAUAUGGAAUGGACUGAACUUGUGGAGAUUGGAUCUAAGCAAUUGUGGUAUAGAAAGUGUACCAAAUACAGAAGUCAAAAUUGAGCAAGUCGACAUAUCAGGAACUUCAGUCACUCGUCUUCCUAAGGAAUUUGUCUUUAGCUCCAAACUUAAGGAAUUGAGGGUUGAUGGAUGCCCAUUAGUGUUUCCACCCAUUGAAGUGUGCAAGCAAGGCAUUGAUUCUAUAAGAGAAUAUUUCCGUGAGCUGGAUAAGGUGGGUGGAGUGCGACGUGGCAGAAUCAAGAUUCUAGUGAUGGGAACUACAAUGGCAGGAAAAACAAGCUUCGUUGAAGCACUGGAGAGUGGUAAACCAUUUCUGGCAGAAGCCGAUAAGAGAACUAUAGGGGUAGUAGAAAAAGUGAUGAAGCUGGAUGAUAAAAUAGAAUGCAAACUCCUUGACAGUGGUGGCCAUAGAGCGUACAUGCUAACUAACCAGCUGUUCAUCAGUGACAAUUCAUUGGUAUUGAUUGUUGUUGACAGCAAUCAGUAUAAGUUUACUCAACAAUGUUUUCGACAAAAUAUUGCAGAUUUCCUGCAAGUUGUGUAUGACAGAAACAGCAGAGCUCACAUUGCUAUUGUUGUGAGUAAAGUUGAUCUGAUGGUCGACACGUCAAGAGAAGAAAUGAGUAGAAAGUGGAGUGAACAUCUGCACACUCGUCUACGUCAAUUCUUGAAGAUCAGACAAGCUGAGAUCGAUCGAAUGAAACGAAUCAUUGCAACUGGUGAUUCUCCAAAGAACAAAUACGUAUCAGAACGUCUUCACUUUUUCGACUUUCAGCGAAUAACUGUUGAAGAAAAUGUGCUAUUGACGAGUGCAGCUACACACGAGGGUGUGGUCAGUGUGAAGGUUCAUUUAAGACAACUGUGUGGUAAUGAAAGGCUGAUGCCUUCACUGCACACAGAGUUGCCGUCAUCAUGGGUAACUGUAGAAGACAAGUUGAUUACACCACAACGUCACACGUCUGUCCCCAUUCUAGAUGUCUCUUAUGCAAUGCGACUGUGUGUAGAGCACGGACUGACAGAAGAAAGCUGUCGUGAGUUGCUAAACUACCUGAACCAGGUAGGAAGCAUUCUGUAUUACUCUCAUCACCCGACUUUAGCAGAAGUUCUCUUUCCUGUACCACCAUUUGUGGUCACUUUACUUAAGGCUGUUUUCAGACAUGAUCACGAAUCUUUAGAAUAUGAUUAUCGGUUUAUUGGGGUAGAUAUAGGUCCUCAGAAGUUUAGGGAGAUGAAAAGUGAUCUUGUUUUUAAUGGCAUUGCUAGGAUAUCUAUGCUGCUGGCACUGUGGAGUGAGUUCCAUCUUACUGCAGAUCGUCAUGUUGACGUGUUUAUUAAGCUUUUUCUUGCUCUCGACUUUGGUUAUCUAACUGGCUCAUCAGAUGAUGUAGUUCAGGAACUGGCACACGCUCUGGGAAGACGUCAGAUCACUUUAGCUCCGCCAAGUAGCACCAACCCGACAUCAGAUUCAUCUGGUCACACAAUAGAACAAAAUCGUCAUCAAGAGCAAACAGACAGUUGCCAAGUGAUUUCUAAGCUAAAACAACAUGAUGGUGGCUUGUUGUUGCCAUGGUUACUCAAUGAUGAGAAACCAGAGGAUGUUAGUGACCUUUGGCCUCUAGAUAUACCACAUGGAGUCAUACAAGUUGCAGUGGAAUACUCAUUUGCAUAUGAACGUCCAUUGGGUUUGUUUGAACGACUGUCUGCUCGUUGCCAUCGUCACUCCAAUUUUAUUCGUCACUGGAGCAGUGGACUGCUGAUGUGUUAUGGUGCAGUGACUUUGCUUAUCAAUUGCAGCAAGAAUACUUCACCUGGCUCUAUCUGUCUCAGUGGUAGAGUAGUCAAGUCACAUCACAGUGUUGGCAGAUUGUGGCAUGUUCUUCUUCGUUGUGUGUCAGACAUGGAGGAUCUUCUCCAGUCUGUUCCUGGUGUUCUCCCUGAUAGAUUCAUCUACAGUGGAAGUUCUUCUACAAGUACAAAGUCUCCCCUCAAUCGAUGUAUCUAUUUGAUACCAGAUGAAACAUGGGGACCGUUUGCAGUAGACACUGUAGCUGGAAGAUGCAGUGCAGAGAUGGUAAAACAUGAGCAAGCAAUAAAAGAAGUGUGUCCAAGUGUAAAGAAUGGCAUUCCUCUUUCUCAAGUCUUGUGCUCUAAACAUGUGACUCCAGUAAGUCAAACGGAUCUCCAACCGAUAGCAUAUCAUAUUUGGUACUGA